AUUUUGUAGGGGUGGGGAGACGCACACGGUUGGGAACCAUUAAUUUGGCUCCAAGAUGUGAAGAAAGAAGUGUUGUCACAGCAGUAGCAACACAGAUUGUGAUGAAAAAUGUAGAGAGUCCACCCGGGAGGAGAGACAGAGACUGAGAGAGAGCAACACACACGGCACGCACAGAGUUACCCACCACACCAUCACACUGCUUCUGUGUCGUGAACAUUUUGGCGCUUCUGCAAACGGAGAAAAAAAAAAUAAUUCUGGGAAGAAAACUGAAGGAGAGUCGACAGGCGGGAUCGACGCCUUAAAAAAAAAAAAAAAAAAAAAACCCGCCUGCUGCAGCUGAUUUUUUAUUUUGGAGGAGGUGUUGGUGGGGAGGGAGAGAGAGGCCAGUAUGCCGGCAUUUUUUUCUCAUCCGUGCGCCGUGAGAUUCUGCCGCCACGCAGGAACCCCCCACAGCAGCCGCUGCUGCCGGUAUAUGAGCAACUUGAUGCGCUAAAGGUAACGCCGCUGAAUUUCGCUGCCGAUUUCCUUUCCUUGCAUCAAUUUGGUGCUGCGUGAAGCGAUGGUGAUGAUGAGGAUGGUGAGGAUGAGGAUGAUGCUGCAUCGGCGGGCUUUGAAUGUGUGAAUCCUGUACGGGACUCUCCUCCUUCGCGAUGUAAAUUGGAGCCACUAAAGUCUCUUUUUUUUUCACCUCCCCCCCCCCCCCCCCCCCCUUAAUUACAGUGACAACAAUAAAAAAAAAACAAAGAUGCCUUUUUUUGACGCUUGGAGUGAGGAUGCCAGUGGCUGUGAUUGUGUCUCUCCUGCUGCGGCAGCUCCUCAGCUCAAGACAGACUCAAGUAGCCUUAGCUGAAGAGAAAAACAGCAAGCUGGCAAGUGCUGUAUCACCCAACACAAGCCGAAGGAGCCGGUGCAUGUAUGUGGGGAAGGGCAUCCAUCACAGCACAGCGCAGGGGCUUCCUGGGAGCCGCCACAUCCCCACAUUCGUCUGAAGACUUUUGAGAGAUUACAACCCCCUCCUGAUGGUUGUUGGAGGGCAGCCCCGAUGCAUCUUGUGCGUGUGAAAGCUCUCAGAGUCCCCCUUUGCCAGCUCUGCAUCAACAGAAAGGAGACAGAGCAGACGGUAACUCGGUGUGUGUCAUGUUAGAGGCUGGACUCUUGCCUGUUCGCACCAGCUCCCUGCCAAAAUCUCUGACCUGCCCUGUCUGAGCCCUUUGUAUGAGCAUCUCUGCGCUGCCACAACAGAACCAGUGGUUUGUAGACAUUACUGGCCGUUUUACUCCGCUCCUCCAACAACAACAAAAAAAAGCCCCCCCCCCCCUCCCCGUCUCUGACUGUCGCUGCAGGACAGAGCAGAGGUCAGGAUGCAGGUCUCCUUCGCAUGCACUGAGCACAACCUGAAGAGCCGCAGUGAGGACCGGCUCUGUGGCCUUCGCACCGCCCCACCUCCAGGAGGAAGCAGCGGAGGAGUUGGUGGAGGAGGUGGCGGUGGCGGUGGAGGAGGAGGAGGUGGCGGCAGUGGAUCGGGAGGAGGUAGCAGCGGAGGAGGUGGUGGUGGACAGGGGGGUAACGGUAACUACGUCUCCCAAGGCUCAGUGAAGAACAGGGAGGGCCCUGGGUCCCGGCAGACUCCACAGGGCCAUGCCCACAUGAAGGAGGCCAUCGGGCGGCACACCAACAUGAAGUACAGGAACCUGGGGAAGUCCGGCCUUCGUGUAUCCUGCCUUGGGUUAGGCACCUGGGUGACAUUUGGAUCUCAGAUCUCUGAUGAGAUGGCGGAGAACCUGAUGACCCUGGCUUAUGAAAAUGGAGUCAACCUGUUUGACACGGCAGAGGUCUACGCCUCUGGAAGAGCGGAAAUCACCCUGGGGAACAUUAUCAAAAAGAAAGGGUGGAGGCGCUCGAGUUUUGUCAUCACAACAAAAAUCUACUGGGGAGGCCAAGCAGAAACAGAGCGAGGACUCUCCCGAAAGCACAUCAUUGAAGGUUUACGAGGAUCCUUAUCAAGGCUCCAACUCGAUUAUGUGGACUUAGUUUUUGCCAACAGAAAUGACGUGAACAGUCCGAUGGAAGAGAUUGUUCGGGCCAUGACAUUUGUAAUAAACCAGGGCAUGGCCAUGUACUGGGGAACCUCCCGCUGGAGCGCAAUGGAGAUCAUGGAAGCGUACUCCGUUGCACGUCAGUUCAACCUGAUCCCACCUGUGUGUGAGCAGGCAGAGUAUCACUAUUUCCAGAGGGACAAAGUGGAGGUGCAGCUUCCUGAACUCUACCACAAGAUCGGUGUGGGGGCGAUGACCUGGUCUCCGCUUGCUUGUGGAUUAAUCACAGGGAAGUACAGCGACGGCGUGCCCGAGUGCUCCAGAGCAGCGAUGAAGGGAUACCAGUGGCUGAAGGAGCGAGUGAACAGCGAGGAAGGCAGAAGGCAGCUGGCGAAAAUCAAGGAGCUCCAUCUGCUGGCAGACAGACUGGGCUGCACCGCCGCACAGUUAGCCAUAGCCUGGUGUUUGCGAAGUGAGGGUGUCAGCUCUGUGCUUCUGGGUGUUUCUAACACUGACCAGCUACUGGAGAACCUCGGCGCUCUCCGGAUUUUAUCCCAAAUGACACCACAGACCAUCACUGAGAUCGACGCCCUGCUGGGAAACAAACCACACUCGAAGAAAGAGACGCGUGCUUGAAGAAGCGAAACAAACAGUGACAGAUGACGUUUCAUGACAAGAAAACCGUGGGAAGCUUCGCUUUUUGCUCUGCUGUAUACUCAAAUUGCAUGUUCUCUGCAACAUUAUGCUUCCAGUCUGUGCGCAUACCCAUUUUUGCGCAACAAAUCGUAUUAUGUACAACAACUUAAAAAAAAGAAAAAAAAAAAAGAAAAUUUCUCUCAGCUGUAAAAA